AUGGCGAGGCGGAGCCAGGCGGGCGACGCAACCGCAGGCGCAGCAUCCCGGGUUCGGUUCGCGCCCACCUCCAACAACCUGCUCGUCUCCUCAUGGGAUUCGGGGCUGCGGCUGUACGAUGCCGACGAGGGCACGCUCCGGGUCAACGCGGAGUCGGAGGCGGCACUCCUCGACUGCUGCUUCGAGGAUGAGUCUUCAGCGUUUUCUUGCGGCUCCGAUGGAACUGUGAGAAGGUACGACUUCCACUCAGGUUCGCAGGAUACAGUGGGGCACCAUGGAGAUGUGCUUGCCUGCAUUGAGUUCUCUUUGAUGGCUGGUCAGGUUAUGACCGGCAGCCUGGACAAGAAGCUAAUGCUUUGGGAUUUAAAAACAAGAAAUAUAUGCGGCAUGUAUAUAUUAGCUGCAGUUGCGAGAAAUGUUUAUUUUUAUGACAUGAGGAAUCUAACAACACCAGUAAAUGAAAAAGACUGUCCUCUGGAAUAUCCAAUUCGAUGCCUUCAUGCUUCUCCAGAAUGGAAUGCUUAUGUCGCUGGCUCUGUGGAUGGAGCUGUGGCAUUGAAGUAUCUUGAUCGUGGAACCGAUAGAGAUUUGGGAUAUGCAUUUCGUUGUCAUCCAAAAUCCAGAAAUGGAAGAUCGAAUCUGGUCCCUGUAAAUUGCAUCGCAGUUCAUCCCUGCAAGAAAACCUUUGUUACUGGAGAUGAUGAAGGAUGCACUAUUGCCUGGGAUGCUCAUUCGAAAAAGAAGCUGAUUGAGCUUCCAACCUAUUUGGGCAGUGUGGCGUCAAUGGCAUACAACCAUAAUGGCCAACUUCUGGCAGUUGCCUCAAACUAUUUUUUAGAAGUGGAUAAAGAGUGA